AUGGGCGCGCCCGACAAGAAGAAGUAUCGAAGCUCAAGCGAAAGCCACAGCAAGGAGGAAGGGAGCUCCUCGGACGAUGAAAGGGCCAGGAGGAGGAGGAAGCUACUUGAGAGGAGGCGACGAAUCGUGGAGAAGGAAAGAGAUGACAUGAUCCGUCGGAGGAGAAGAAGAAAAGAAAAAGAAAAAGAGGAAGAGGAAGAAGAAGAAAGCACCGACAAUGAGAGGAGAAGAGGCAAGAGAAGAAUGGUGAAGAACAGCCGCGAGGAGGACGAGGACGGCGACGAUGACGACGACGAAAGUGAUGAUAGUGCAGUGAGGAAGAGUACCAGGCGGAGAAGCGACAGUGACUACUCUUCCCGGUUGAAUCGAGAACGAAGGAGGAAACAGAAAAGGAGAAUGAGAUCAGGGGAAAGUGAAGAGAGGAGGUCCUCCAGUAGCAGCCGAAGAGGCGGAGGAAGUCCCAGGAGGGUGCGACGAAGGAGGGAAAGCCCAGAGAUGCCUCGAACAAGGGGAGACACGAGAAGUAGUGAAGAAAGAAUUAGAAACCAAUCGCAUAGGAAUGUGGAAAUGUGGAGAAGGGGUCGGGACAGGUCUGAGAGCCCCGAGAAGAGGCAUAGAGAAAGAGAUAAAGAAAGACAUAGAGAAAGAGACAAAGAAAGACAUAGAGAAAGACGAAUUGAAAGGAGGCGGAGGCAUAGCGAUGACAACGACGAUGAGGAAACUGACGAUGAUGAUUAUGAUGAUAGGCGAAGGGGAAAAAGACGGGUUAGUGACGGCCGCGGAAGUAGCGGCGAUAGUGACGUGCACCGCCGGAGGAGGUACAGGAGCCGCAGCAGGAGUGCGCACCUGAGACUGAGGGAAUGGCGCAUCGGGCGUAGUGAACGGUGGAGAAGAAGUCUGUCGCGGGGAAGAAGCCGAUCGAGGAGGAGGAGCAGGUCAAGGAGGAGAGGCAGCCCAUCGAGGCGGAGAAGAAGCCCGUCGGAGGGGCGAAAACACGAGGAGGAUCGGAACAAAAUGUACAAAUUUGAUUCUCCACCCGAGUCAGAAGACGAAGAGGGAAAGAAAAAAGACAGCAAAAGUAACCUCCCCACUGGUGUUAAAAGUGUCGAAGCCCGUAAGAGUGCCGGACAGGUGAUGUCCCCUGCAGCCCCAUACGAGAGCGCGAAUAGCACUCAUAACGGUGCAAUCAGUAAUGAUGGUGGAAGUACUAGCCAAGUGAAGACCGAUCUGGGAGCUAACCAAAGCUACAACUCCAGCAACAUUGAUAACUUAAUUAAAACGUUGAGCAGCAGCAACAAUGUGAUGAGCACUGUGAGCUGCACGCCGAGCAGCAAUCUGUUAAGUACGCUAAGUAGCAGCGUGGGGGGAGGAGCGCUUCUCACCGAUGCGUCUAAAGUGGGAAUGAUGAGUGUGUCUAGUCAAGAUGGGAAGAAUAAGGUGGUGGGAGAGGAUCUGGCAGUGACAAGCUCGACGGGGUUAGUCGGUGGUCUACAGGGGAUAGGCAGCGGCGUAGCGGGGGUAGGCGGUGGCUUAUCCGGGUUGGCCGCUGGGAUACCCGGGUUGGCCGCUGGAGUAGCGGGGUUAGGAUUGAACGCACCCCAGCUGAGCAUGCUCCUGAAUGGGCAACUCCAUCUAGACAACGAGGCCAUCCAACAGUUGUGCAAAAGUGCACUAGCAAUGAACAACUUGUGUUUAUCCUCUCUGGACCCAACUGCGGAGAAGACAGCUCGAGAGCUCUACGUAGGGAACAUCCCACAGCACAUAGAGGUGCAGGAAAUUGUGAAUUUUUUAAACAAGUGCCUGCUGAUACUUUACAACAAGGAGAGUGCAAUUGGAGGGGGAAGCGAACAGGAACUCGUGAGUCAGAGCCAGACCCAGAGUGAAGGUGAAAACAUCUGCCUUAAGGCAUGCAUCCGAGGAGACACACACUAUGCCUUUGUCGAAUUUAGAACCCUGCAGGAUACAUCCAACUGUAUGUUGCUAAACGGGAUCAAUUUUUACGGCAAUAACUUACGCAUUGGAAGACCUAAGACCUUCCCUGUGGAGUUAACGAGUCUCAUUCCAGCACCGACAAUUCCUACGAUCGAUACGUACUACUUGUCACAGGGAAUCAUAGGACUGCAAGCCUUCACUAUCUUCUUUCAAAAUGAAGAGAAAAUGAGGAAUGCCUACCUGCCCAUGAGCAUGAUAAAACUACAAAAACUCUGCGUUUCGAAUAUCUCCAAAAAGAAUGAAAGAGGUAAAAUAAAAGAACUGCUAGAAGCCUUUGGUGAAAUUAAAAGCUUCGAAUGCUUCGAAGGAGACGAAUCCACAGAUACGUACAUAGCACUGGUGGAGUAUGCCACCCCAGAAAAUGCCAUCCAAGCACAGAAGAUUCUAAAUCAAAACACAAGUUACAGAAUUCAGUUUGAAUAUGAGAUUGUGAAUGAUCCUGUGAUUAAUAGACUCAUAAAGAGAAAAUACAUGUCAUCGGAAAAUGCUAUCCUUUCACAACAGAUUCCUACGAGGACGAUCGUUCUUAGCAAAAUCGCCACGUUCGAUGAGCUGUGCGAUCCCAGUGAGUACCGCGAGAUCGUGGAGGACAUAAAGGUCGAGUGCGAGAAGUUUGGUUCUGUCGUCGAGGUUGUGCUGCCAGUUUUCUCGCACGAAACGUUUGAUUUUUUGCUUAGAGAAGAGGCGAAGUGCGCGGCUGGUGCGGCUGAUGCAGCUGGUGCUGAAGCAGCGGAAGGGCUACCCCCCAAGGAGGGCCAAUCACUUGAUGCAAUCUCUUCAGAGGAAGUGACCCCACCGGAUGGUGUCGCUCCAAAGGAAGUAACUCCACUCGAUGGUGUCGCCCCAGAGGAAGUAACCCCACCAGAUGGAGUCCCCCCAGAACAGGACCGCACCCAUCCAAACUACGACCUCACGUCCAUCGGCUGCGCCUUCAUCUACUUCGAAACCAUCGAGGCAGCCACGAAAGCGAGGAAGGAGCUAAGCGGCCGCAAGUUCGGCGCGAAUAUCAUCGAAGCCAACUACUACAGUGAGAAGAAGUUCCUCCUCAGGAACUUCAAGGAGGUUAAGUACAACUUUAAGAAGACACAUUCGUCCCUUUUUAAUGUUAAUUUGAAGAUUGGCGAUUUUACCUACUCGGACUGCUCCGACGAGGACUGA